UAGGUUGACCGCCGUAGGUAUUCUCACCUAGUCUCAAUAUGUUUUGAUAAGAGAGAGUUGAAAUGUGAUUAGAAUUUAGAGUAUUGGUUCUUCUGGUUUAAUCAGCCAAGGUUUAGUUUCUCCGUAUCCUGGUAUUCACUGGUUCUAAUGUUUGCUUUUCCAGAGAAGAGCGUAAUAAGCUUGUCUCGAAGCAAAGUAAAGAAAAUGGAAUAUAUAGCUACGGAGUUUCCAGAUGUUUGCCAAUGGUUUGAAACUAUUUCAUCGGAGCAGACCUUGAUGAGCAGAUCCGUUUCCGGACCUAACUCUCCAACUGAGGAGGAUAUGCCUGAGAUAGCACAUGCUCCUACUCCGAACAACUCUCCUUCUAAACAUGAAGAGGAGACUUCAAUCCUUCAACCACACUUUGAAGUUGAAGAAGAAUGGAACCAAUCUUGGGUUGAUGAAGAUCUGAAUGAGUACAAGGCUAGGGUUGGAUGCUCUUGGAUCGAAUCAGAGCAUACCUGCAACGCCGGAGAGAAUUGCUUGUUCGUCAGGAACAUACUUGGCCUGGAUCAGAUUCCUCAUGCAAUCGCCUUUACUCCGAAACCAAGGAUUCAACGGGUGAUGUUGGCUCGACCCACCGCUAAUGGGUUGUUUCAAAUCUCGGAGACUAGAGAACUCACGAAAGACCAAAUACAGAUGAUCAUGAAGAUGCCACGACAAAACCAGAUCAAGAUUAUUCAGGCAAGAACGCAGGUUGAGGAUAAGCUGGAAGAACCUAUUUAUUUAUCAAACAUGAACAACUACAGGGUUAUCAAGGAACCAUUGAAGGUUCAGCUUCAGAGUAGACAGAAUAUAUCUUUGAAAUCUCCACCUUCACAACCAUUCAUUUCAUCAAAGUACAUGAAUCCUACACGGCAGUACGUAAACCCUCCAGUACAGUACAAUGCAACCUCUCCUCCGUACCAGGCCCCCUCUCCUCCCUAUCCCUCCUCAGUUCAGUACUCAGCUCAUUCUCCGGUUCAGUUUCCGACUCCUUCUCCGAGUCCUCCCAGCUCCUCCACCUCUCCCGAGGGUCCAGAGAGUGCACCAAUCAAUCAUAUUUGUCCAGAUUGCACUAGCGGGUUUCGGGAUUCUAAACAGCUUCUGAAGCACAGGAGAAAUCAUCAUCAGAUUUACACAUGUAAGGAGUGCGGGGAAAAGGCAAUUGGUUACUACAAGAUGGCUUCCCACUCCAAGAAGGCGCACAGUAAGGAACCAAUCUACUUUUGUGAAUGUGGGAGGAAUUUUGGAGAAAAGAAAGGGAUGACCAAACAUCAGAAUACCUGCUCAGUUUUCGCUGCCAGAAAGGUUUCUUAGAGCUAUGGUGAUGAAAUCAAGUUUAGAGUGAUUACAAGAUGCAUUUAAACUUCUGUAACUACCUCUAAUCAUUUCAUGUUUAUUCCUUCACAAUUCAACCGUUCACCUGUAAACAUAAAUGUUCAAAAUUCUCUGUAUUUUAUCUUAAUCUUAUUCCAGAAAUAUAAUGUAAAUUCUUCUCCCCCUACUGCAUGGUUUAAAAGAUUUUGGGGCUUUGGAAAAUAAGGAACGAAGUAUUUGUUUUUGUUAAAAAAAUCAUCUGCAGUUCCUCCAAUAGGAAACUUGUUUUUUUAUAUCCAGUCUUUUAAGAUCAGCAUGGGGGGGAAAUAAUUCAAGUGGGAAGUGAGGGACAUUAUAUUUCGAAGAAAAAUACAUAACUUUGUUUCUAAAACAGACAUAAUUUAGUAGUCCAUGAAUGAAAUCUAAACCGGAGGAGAAUUACCAAAGUACAUUCAAGUAACCUACAUAUAACCUACAAAUCAAUAAAUUGUCGUGUUAAAACUGGAAAAUACGUGUUUUUAAAAAUAUGCUGUAAAUAUUUGUAUCCGUCAUGAAUUAAUGUGCCAACCUAGUCUUUAGUCGACAUAAAAUAAAACAGUUGUAAGCAAUUUCAAAAAAAAAACCAAGAAUAUUAAGUUUUUCAAAAUAAUUAAGAUAUUUUUUACGCAUUCCCAUCCUGCUGAGACAGCGCCGCGUAGUAUUUCUAAACCCUGAUUUUUACGCAGAAAGCUAAGUUAAAUUUGUUAAAAUUUCAAUAUUUUUAUCCUCUGGAAUUGCUUUUAACAGUUAACAUGUGUAUCGUGUAACCUCUAAUAUUCUCGUGCAACAAUAUAUUUUAAAAUAAAAUUUCAGAAAA